GGGUCUUGUCGGGUCUGAGCUUCCAGGAUGGCGGUUUUAAAGCCUUUUAGUAAAAUACCCAGUUUAAACGCGGCGAAUAUCUUGCUUGUGGAGAGUGAAGAGCUUUUUCAGCAAAAUUUGGCCAACGCUCUUGUUGAGGAGGCUGGUUUCACCGUUAAUGUGAGACUUGCAAAGAAUCUUCCUCUUCCUGUGGAGAAUGACGAGGGACGUCCCAGGAUAGAUCUGGUUGUGUUUAUUAUCAACUUGACUUCAGAGCUGAGUUUUCAGUCUGUCGAGGCCUCACUGAAAUAUUUGGACUCAGGAUAUUUUCUUGGGAAAGUUUGCUUUAUGGUCACAAAUGCUCGUAACGUCUCAGUCCCUUCAACGCGCCUGGACGCUGUUCGAAAACUCGCUGCGUCCCUCCAGUGUCCACUGCUGUGUGCGGAGCAUCAGAGUCCAGAAGGUGUGGCUAAUGCUACAAAAAGGCUCCUGACCGUCCUGAAGGUGUCCGCUGGUCUGGUUCCCACAGCGACGGCCCUGUACCUGUCCAACCUGACCCGCUGCACUGUGCCUCCAGACAUCGAUCAGCCGAGUUUUGAUUAAAAAUAAUAUCCUGCUUUCACUACGAGGAAACGCGAGGCUGCCACUCACUGCACAGACUUUGGUUUUGAGUCAGAGCCGCUGAAAGCCUCCGCUCUGGAUCCUGUUUGUUCAGAGGGUUUGGGAUAAGUCUCCUGCUGCACGGGCCUCUUCACAUGACUCAGUGUAAACCCUCUAAAUGAGAGUUUUUUUGUGUGCGACUGGACAGAUGUCUUAAUAUUAAUAAUUUAAAUUCACAUCAGUCCAAUUAUGACUGUUAUGUUUUGCUCAUAUGUUUUACCAAAUCACAUGUUACAUUAAUCAUCAAAGCACUCGAUGAUUGAUGUUUUUAUAACAGUGAACGUGAUGAUAUAUACUAAAACUGCUUUGCCACAUGUAAAUAACAUCUAAAAUAUUUUCUAUUGCAUCUUUUCUAUUUGAAUUAAACAUGUUUUGAAGAG